AUGUCAUCUUCGAUCAUCACGGGGCCACUUGAUGCCAGCAUGCCAAUAUUCACUGAGAUGCAUAGAUUCAAGCAUUCCAUAUCUAGCAUUGAGUGCUACCUUUUUGCGCUCAUAGACUGCUGCGCUCCAUACCACACGAUGCCUCAGUCGUCUAUCAUCAGUGUCAACCUUGCAACCAUUGCUAUAGAGAGCAUGCUCUAUGGCAUCUUUCUUGUCCUCGCCGUCAGCGCUCUCUAUCUGCACUUGAGCCGUGCAAGAUCGCACCAGUCCUCAUUUUAUUGGGUCCAUUGGAUCUUGACGGUCACACGUCUGUUUGCUGCGUUUGUUCACAUCCACAAGGAGAGAGAUUCGGUCGACUACUUGACCAAUCUCUCGUCUGCAACUGAGAUAGUCAAAACUGCGUUCUUCUUCGUAACAUUAAUGAUCUCAGAUGUGCUGUUUAUCUAUCGACUGUGGAUCGUGUGGAGUUGCAAUAAAUAUAUCAUCAUUCUCCCUGUCUGUACAUUCCUCGGUCUAUGUGCUCAGAGAACUGUGGUCACCGUUGUCGAAAGCGCCGCACUUUACUCGUACAGUAUUUUUGAUCAACGUCUUGAUUGCAGGGCAUAUACUAUCUUCUAUUUCCUCUCCUACCAAUUGCGGAGCAAUAUACAAUAUACGGCCAUCGACACGCUUUGCACUGUAUGCGGCAUCACCUUCAUGUUGGUCAACGUCCGCGUGGGUUUGGGCUGGGCGCAGCGCGCGCAAUCCCCGACCAGCCCAUCAACUCGCCAUUCAAGCUCAGGGUCAAACAUGACUUCGUUCCGGAUGCGGCCUGUUGCUGUCAACAUCACCAAGGUGGUCGACGAGACGUACGACACGCAGUCAGCCCAGAAGAUUACUGUGGGCGAAUCGAUAUUGCCGGUCUGA